AGGUAUAUUCGGAGGGCGCCGUGAUUGGCUGGCGACCCGCAAGCUGCCGGGCCCUGAUUGGCUGAAGGGGGCUCCUUUGUUCCUUUCCAGGCUGCCGCAGGGAGAGCGGAAGUUUGACUCGGCUCUGCAGCCGCCGCGAGUCGCAAGGGGCAGAUUGAGCCGAGCGAGCGCCCCGGUGGCCGCUGCCCUUCCCAGCCGCAUCCGACUGUCGGCGAACAAGAAGCAGGCGUCGCCUGGCUUUCCGCCGGAACCUCGCGCGCGUCUCGGACGGGGCUCGAACAUGGAUUUGGAGAGCAAAGUGAAGAAGAUGGGCUUAGGGCAUGAGGAAGGAUUUGGAGCCCCAUGCUUGAAAUGCAAAGAUAAAUGUGAAGGAUUUGAGCUACAUUUCUGGAGAAAAAUAUGUCGAAACUGCAAGUGUGGGCAAGAGGAGCACGAUGUUCCCACCAGCAAUGAGGAUGAUCGUAAAGUGGGGAAACUCUUUGAGGACACAAAAUAUACAACCCUUAUUGCAAAGCUGAAAACUGAUGGCAUCCCUGUGUACAAGCGCAAUGUCAUGAUACUGACUAAUCCAGUGGCGGCCAAGAAGAAUGUGUCUAUCAACACAGUGACUUAUGAAUGGGCACCUCCUGUUCAGAAUCAAACCCUGGCAAGACACUAUAUGCAGAUGCUUCCGAAGGAGAAACAGCCCGUGGCUGGCUCAGAAGGCGCUCAGUACCGAAAGAAACAGUUGGCGAAGCAGCUGCCUGCUCACGAUCAGGAUCCUUCCAAAUGCCACGAGCUGACUCCUAAUGAAGUGAAGCAGAUGGAGCAGUUUGUGAAGAAAUACAAGAACGAGGCACUCGGAGUGGGAGAUGUCAAGCUCCCAAGUGAAGUGGAAGCGAAAAGUGGUGAUAAAAAUGUUCCCAGUAACGGAGAGAGGGGCACCUCGGCCACAGUAGGAGCGAUGGAAGACAAGCUGGCUGGUCAGAAGGGAUCCCAAUAUUCCUGUUUCCGGUGCAAACUGAGUAUGAAAGAAGGAGACCCAGCCGUCUAUGCUGAGCGGGCUGGCUAUGACAAGCUCUGGCACCCGGCUUGUUUUGUCUGCUGUACCUGUGGUGAACUCCUAGUAGAUAUGAUCUACUUCUGGAAGAACGGCAAGCUGUACUGUGGCAGACACUACUGUGACAGUGAAAAACCCCGCUGUGCUGGAUGCGAUGAGCUUAUAUUCAGCAACGAAUACACCCAGGCAGAAGGUCAAAGUUGGCAUUUGAAGCACUUCUGCUGCUUUGACUGUGACUGUGUCUUGGCAGGAGAGAUCUAUGUCAUGGUAAACGAAAAGCCUGUCUGCAAACCCUGCUACGUGAAGAAUCAUGCUGUGGUCUGCCAAGGUUGCCACAAUGCUAUUGACCCAGAAGUGCAACGUGUGAGCUACAACAACUUCAACUGGCACGCAACCACAGAGUGUUUUCUGUGUUCUUGUUGUAGCAAGUGUCUUAUUGGCCAGAAGUUCAUGCCGGUAGAAGGGAUGGUCUUCUGCUCAGUAGAAUGUAAGAAGAAGAUGAUGUCUUAAGUGGAAGAAUAUCCAAAUGGAACAACUGCUUUGCCUUACUUCAAAGUCCUCUGCAUUUCUACUGUUCAAGUGUAAUAUUGGGACAUUUUUAACAAAAUCCAACGUAUUAAAUGGCAAAUUCCAAAGAUUUUACAUUACUCACUUAAUAGCUUUUGAUUAGUACUUCAGCACUUCUGUAUUCUUUAUGCUUUUGAUUAUGUAUUGCAAAUGUAGGAAGCUUGAUAUUCAGUAUGUAUUUCAAAAGACUCUUAUUUACCCUACAAUUGGGUACCCAAAUUUGGGUAUGAUCCAACUUAGCUUAUUAUGAAGCCUUACAUGAGAGGCAAGACAGACAUCAUGCGCCUCCUGCUGGACUGUACCACUUCAAACUGUAAUAAAACUAUUGCGGUCAAUUAUUUCUUUUGUAAAAAAAAAAUGAAAUCUCUUUAACAUGUGCAAAACUAGCACAAACAACAUGUUAGUUGUCUCUGUAGCAUGCUAGUUAUACAUUUGCCGGGUGGCGUUAAAGUGUGGAACAGCAUUCAAACUUUUGAAACCGACAUAUAAUAUGAAGUGGUACAAUCAGUCCAGAAAUAAAUCAUGUUGGUGAGCUGAUUGUGCUGCAGCAGUGUUUUAAUGUAAUAAGGGUGGAUCUUUUCAGAGGCUUUCUGCUUUCCCUGAGAUCUUUAAGAGAAGGUCUUAAAGGUUGUGGCACAGCCUUUGAUUAUGGUAUGAAAAAGCUUUCGUCAUGACAUUUAAAUUGUACUUUUUUUCUAUUUCUGUGCUUAGAAUGUUACCUUGCUUCCUGUUUGACUAAAACCUUGUCAGAAUGCAGGUGCCUCUUUUCGUCCAUGAAACCUAGCCUCUCCCAGUCAUGCUUUGUAUCCCUGUAUCGAUGGUUGGUCAUUCUUUCCAAAGUCUUAUGCUUUGUAACAGGAAACAUUAAAUUUUCACAUACCCGUACCAAAAAUGAACUUGCUAAUACAGAAGAACAAUAUCCCGGAUGUUUUUCUAGCAUGGCAACUCGCUUCCACCACAACUUGAGGAUCAAUCUAUUUGAAAAAGGAAGGACUUGCAGUGCAGUUGUAAAGUCUUAGAAAGGUGUUACUGUUUAGAAUUGUAUUAUCAAUUUACAGUCUUUUCUGUAUGGGCUGCAUGACUUCCAGUGACUCUAGAAAUCAGGGGAAGGAAAGCAAGGGCUCUGGUGAAGUUUCAGCAAUAGCUGUGCAUUUUACCUAGCCCACACUUCACCAUCCAAACUAUAAAUUAGAUAAGAACCAAAAUGUUUAGUGAAACUAUAUUUAAAAAUAAAACAUUUAGUAGAUACUGUAACAUCUGAAACCAAAACCAUGUGUCAUUGGAGACUGCAACAAUUUCAGGAUGUUUCCAUAUUUUUAGAACAGACUCCCAAACCUGCCCCCUUGAUGUGAAUUGAAGGCCUGGAAACUAGCAGGAAAAGUAUAUACAAUGUUUUGGAUCUAAACUAAAUUUUCCAACAGCGGGACAGAACUUUCUUGCUUUCCCUGUCUCUGCACAGUGCAAUGUGCAGCAAAAUGCUGGUCCUGGAGGACGGGGGACCCCGAGGAACCGCAUGAAGGGUGUGUGGGGGGGGGGGAGUCUAUUGUGGGCAGAAAGGAAUCAGCACAAAUCUCCAGUUUAAUCUGGAUCCAGCCCAGCGCAAUGCUGAACAGAGUGAUAGCAUGGAUUUCAAUGGACUGAGAAAGGCACAGCUCUGUUCUGGAUUGUACUGAUAGGAAGCAGAAUAGUAAUAUGCUGGUAUUUCUUAACAAUGAACAUUAAAGUACUAGAAAAUGAGUGAACAAGCUUCUGUUUUGUUAACUAUGCACAUUUUCAGUUCAGUUUCUCGGACUGAAAAUGACAGAUCUCUUAUGCCUUUAUUAUUAAUCUCAAAUAAAACAUUUUGGGGGAAAUGA